UUCGGAAUACGAUCUGAAUCAUUCACCAGCAUCCGACCUACGGCCGAAGCAAUGGGGCCUCUAUGGAGUAUGUGGUGCCCAUUGCGCGGGGACGACGCAGGUUUCGGGUGGUGUAGUAGGCAUGGGCUGGAAGGACUGACGCGGCUUUGAAGGUCACGGCAUGGACAUGGGUACCUGUAGAAUCUUGCACUUGAAUCUUGAUCAACCAGUUCCGCCAGUAUGCGCCCUCCUGUUUGCAACGGAAGGUGACACUGGCGCUCUCCUAGCAAGAACGACGAGAGCGGUCCCGUACAGUAGAGAUCGACGAGGACAUGGAAAGGCAUUCUGGGGUGACAAGUUGCUAUUAUUGUACUGUGGCAGGAGUUGGCUGCAGGAUGGGAGGCCGGUCUAGAGGUUAGGCAACACGACAAGUAGUAGCGACAUACAGCGCGUAGGGAUGGUGGUCGCGUCCAUGGCAGUAGUAUACGGAGCUGAAGCAGCUACUGGACG